UCCAAUCACGUGCCCGGUGCGGCUGGCAGCCACAGAACUCGGCUUGUAUCUUGACGUGUAUCAUCAGGAAGUCCGUCAAACUAGUUUUUCGAUAUGAAGUUAGUCCGUUUUGUUUUCAGCGACAUGAAGUGACGAACGGGGAAGAAAGUCAUCCCGUUGGGUCGGUUCCGGUCGUAAAAAUGGGUCUGUUGGUGGGGAGAGAAGGAGCACUGGUGAACAGAAACGUAAUGCUUCUGCUCGUCGUGCUGCUGUCGGUCGGAGUUUCCGGCGCGGUUAACGAGGAGCACAGAUCUGUGCAGGAGCAGCCUCCAGCAGAGAAAGUUUCCACCACGCUUCAUCCAGCAGGCCCAGCUGUUUCUGCAGAUGCCUCCAGCAAAGCCAACCUGGGCUUCAUUCACGCCUUCGUGGCGUCCCUGUCCGUCAUCAUCGUGUCCGAGCUGGGAGACAAGACGUUUUUCAUCGCUGCCAUCAUGGCCAUGCGGUACAACCGCCUCACCGUGCUGGCUGGUGCCAUGCUGGCCCUGGGGCUCAUGACUUGUCUCUCAGUCCUGUUCGGCUAYGCCACCACGGUUAUCCCUCGGAUCUACACCUACUACGUAUCCACGGCUCUGUUUGCCAUCUUUGGUGUGCGCAUGUUGAGAGAGGGACUGAAGAUGAGUCCAGAUGAAGGCCAGGAGGAGCUGGAGGAGGUGCAGGCAGAGAUCAAGAAGAAGGAUGAAGAACUGCAGCGGUCCAAGCUGCUGAACGCUGCUCCAGAUGUGGAGGCUGGAACGGGAAUGGCUCCGCCACAGUCGAGGUGCCCCAGCUUCAUUUCACCCAUCUUUAUCCAGGCCCUGACCCUCACCUUCCUGGCAGAGUGGGGGGAUCGCUCACAGCUGACCACCAUUAUCCUCGCCGCCCGGGAGGAUCCGUUUGGAGUUGCAGUGGGAGGCACACUGGGACACGGUCUGUGUACAGGACUGGCUGUUGUUGGAGGGAGAAUGAUAGCUCAGAAGAUCUCUGUGAGAACAGUUACAAUCAUUGGAGGGAUUGUUUUCCUGGCGUUUGCCUUAUCUGCUCUGUUCAUCAAACCAGAAACUGGAUUUUAAGAAGAGGAAAAAUAGACUUUUUCACUUUGUAAAAUAAGGAAAUGUUUAGUUUCAGUUGCUGUAGAGAGACUGUAUUUCUGACAGGAUCAACAGAAACUUUUUAUUUUUUGGACAACAGAACCUUUGUUUCCACUCUGUCUGUAAAUCAGAGGUUAUGAUUAAAAUUAAAUUUUAUUUCCCAAAGA